GAUCUGAGUGGACCGUCACGCACAAGCUCAUCACUGUGCAUAGCUCAUCACAACAGCUCAACAGCUCUCACAACCAACUCACUGCUCACAAUUUUUUACGACUGACUCUUCAAAGGCACCUCCACACAACUUUGCCAGUCUCUACUUCCAUAAACCUCAAACAUCUCCACCAUGUCCUCCCUUUCUCCUACAACCUACGUUCCUCCGCAAUCUCCUUACCAAAAGGUAUCCUGUGAUGAUAUCGACUUCAGCGUGGCUUGUACAGUCAUGGAAUCCUGGGAUCUUGUCACUGCCAUCCCCAACUGGGAACGAGUGACGGGAGAGAUCUUUCUUCGACGGCUGUUUGAAACUUCUCCACAACUGCAACAGAUUUGGGGCUUUGGCACGGGACCAAUCACCGAGAGCAUUGCCAAGAGCGACAAAUUCAUCCACAAAGGAGCAACUCUCUUGUCGGCCGUGGACAAGGCCGUUGCCUUUUUGGGUCCCAACUUGCAACCACUCGAAGAAGAACUCUUUGCCCUGGGCCGACGGCACAUUCACAUGGGUGCCGAACCCGAGUUUUGGCCUUUGGUGGGCGAUGCGCUCUUUCACACCCUUCGUAUGGGAUUGGGCAAGGGACAGUACACGGAGUUUGUGGAAUCGUCCUGGAAGAUUAUUUACGACUUUAUGUCCUACUGGAUGAUUGAGGGCUUGCUGGCCGAGAAGAAGGACCGGUGGCAAGCGGCUCAGGUUGUCCAGGCGGCACAGCGACGACGCAGCAGCAACUACGAAGCUCCACCGGCAAUGCAAGAUAUCAGCCGUCGGUCGUCUUGCUCUAGUUAUAGUACUACGUCGUCGUCGGUCUAUUCCGAACAAGAACUGGAGGAUGGUGGCGACGUGAACAUUUACGAAAGAGUCCCGGCCGAGGCGAUUGACUACCGAACGGUCCAACUGGUCUUGGAUUCGUGGGAUGCCGUCACGAGCGUUCCCAACUGGCAGAGUGUCGCUGGGACCAUUGUGCUGCGCGAGCUCUUUGAACUGGCCCCUGAAAUCAAGACGGCGUGGGGCUUUCCAGUCGACUUUGAUCCGGAUAAUUUGGAGGAUCAUGCCAAUCACAAUCGCUUCUUGAACAAGGGAUUGGGAUUCAUGAACGGCGUCAACAAGGCCGUGCAAUUCAUGGGACCUGAUCUGGAACCGCUGGAAAUGGAACUGCAAGAUCUUGGACGCAUUCACUACUUGCACAUGGCGGCCCUGCCACAAUACUGGCCACCUAUGGGUGUGGCCUUGCUGCACACUCUGGAAGAGGUUCUGGGGCAACAGAAAAUGACACGGGAGGUUGAACGAGCCUGGAGGACCGUCUACAGCUUUAUGGCCUAUUGGAUGAUCGAAGGACUGCUCGCAGAAAAGCGAGGAGAGUGAACUAGUAUAGCCGACGUACAAUUUGUAAAUACCGUACUAAUGAAACAAUGUUGAUACU